GACAUUAAGUUAUCUGAUGAACACUAUAGGUUGUUGAUGUUUCAUAUAUUUAUGUGUAUAUAAAUACCUCUGAAUCUGCAACUUAGCUACUUAUGCAUGAGCAUAGACUUGCAUGUGCCUAUUGUGGUAAGCAUGAUUUUCCUGUGAAUUUAUCUAUGUUGACUCCCUUGACGUUCACUUUCCAUUAUCUACUUUUGCCUUUUAUUUAGUCAAAGCAGUGGGCUUUUUCAAAUCAGCAUGGAGGGUAGGCAUUCUCUUGAUUGAAAGCUCCAAUCUUCCUGCCUAAAAUUUUCAACAUAUUCUUUUAUUUAUAGAGUGGUCUUUUGCAAAAUGAGAAGGUAAGAGAUGUACACAGCUCAGUAACACCUUGUCAACAUUGUCCCCACCACCUUCCUCAGCCAGUAAAAAAACAGUCCAAAUGUUUGCAAGGGUGCUGAUGGAUGUCAGCAUUGUACAGGAUCCCUUAGCUUUUUCCAUUGAUACAACUUCCCUAUUGGCUAGACCUCCCAAAGAGCUGGGCUGGUCAUGUUACUGUAAACGUUGCCUAUAUGAUAUAUAUAGCUAUGCUCACAUUGACUGCUAUGACAUAGCCACAUUCCGAGUAGUGGUUUCUCUGCGCAAUACAAAAACACCAUUAAGUGUCAUUGUAGAAAUAAACUGGUUAAACUGAUAACUAGAUUUAAAAAAAAAAAAAUGCAAUAUUAUUUCCACAGGGAACAGAAUCAACGCAAAUACCUUUUCCUCUUUUUUUAAAUUGCCAAAUAUUUAGGCAGUAGGAGUCAUCUUGUUUGCCUUUCCAUAUCUGAAUGCUGUCAAUAUCAGCAAGUAGCUGCAUAUAGAUAUGUAUGUCUGUUAUGUUGAGACUGAAAUCACUUCAGUUUGAUUUACAUGUUAUCAGUGGCUGCUCAAAUGCACAUGGUUUGUUUUCUGCCGUAGUGGAACAAUUAAACAAUUUAGAAGUGAAUGUUAGCCCAAAGAUCAUCAUAGGUUUACAGCGUGGUUAACUGGGGUGAGUUAAUUAUGAGGUUUGGUGAAUUAUAAUGCUUAUCUUUUUGCUUACCCACCCCUGAAAAUGUCCUGAUUCGCUGAUCAGUGAACACAGUGUGAGACUUUGCCUCCCUCUCUCUCUGCUCCCAACAGAUGAGAACUUCACUCUCAAACACGAUAGAGCCUUCCUGUUGUCGAUGGCCAACCGUGGGAAGGACACCAACGGUUCACAGUUUUUCAUAAACUCUAGCAUCCUGCUCUUCCAAGCACAACUAAGAUGGCACCUCACCUAGAUGGAGUCCAUGUCGUCUUUGGUCUAGUCAUCUCCGGCUUCGAGGUGAUAAAGAAAAUUGAGGGGCUGAAGACUGAUUCAGCCAGCAGACCCUACGCAGAUGUGAGAGUGGUUGACUGUGGACAGCUCAUCACCAAGUCUGCUAAUGAUGUGCUUGAAGGCAAAAGGAAAAGAACUUCCCAUUCUGCAGACUCAUCCCUCGAUUCCCAUGAGACGUCCUCUCAGUACUCCUCUUCUCUGCAAUCUGAAAGUGAAUCUGAAGAGAAGCGCAAACAUCGGAAGCACAAAAGACAUACUAAGAGUAAACGGUCAAAAAAGAAAAGGAAAGGAGAGUCAAAGAGAGAGAAGCACACUGAUAAUCUACCCUCCAACCAAAGUCCUGUUGAGGGAGAGAUUGUGGUGAGAGAGGAUGACAUGGAAGGAGAGAAGGAGCAGGGUGGGAAGAGAGAGAAACCUGUAGUCCGGCCAGAGGAGAUCCCACCUGUGCCAGAGAACCGCUUCCUGCUGAGACGGGACAUGCCAUCUCAGGAAAAUAAAACAGAGAUAAACGAGCAAGAAGAAUCAACUCUUUCAUGUGACCUGAAACCAGCAGUCACAAAGUCUGGACGGAAAAUCAAAGGCAGAGGAACAAUGAGAUACCACACUCCCACAAGGUCUAAAUCCCGCUCUGCAUCUAUGGAAGAGCGUGGUAGCAGUGAAACCCCUCCACACUGGAAAGAAGAGAUGAAGAGAACCAAGGUUUAUCAACCUCCCAGCGUAGAAAGAUGGAGCAAAGGAGACAAAUUGAAUGACCAUUCUUCAAGCAGAUGGGAUGACAGAAGUGACUCUGCAUGGUCCCAAUCAGCAGAGCGCUCUUCAGACCACAGCUCAGAGAGGUCCAGCCCACACCGCCAAGUUAAGAAACAGAAGAAAAAAGUUAAACACAAGAAAAAGAGUAAAAAACGAAAACAUGGGAAAAAGAAGAGCUCCAAGAGCAAGCCUCAGGAGCCACACCUGUCAGAGGGUGAAAGGUCAGUGUCUUCAGGAAGAAGAUCUAAAUUCAGAAGAUCUUACUCUCCAUCUCAUUCCUCCUCUAGUCAGCAACGCUCAGCCACUAGCAGGAGACAGCGCUCAUCCUCCAGAGACUCGCGGUCCUACACUAGAUCCUAUACAUCCAGUCAUUCCAGAUCUAGAGGACGGUCCAGGUCCAGGUCAGGGUCCAGGUCAAGGUCAAGGUCCAGGUCCAGGUCCAGGUCUUACUCAAGAUCCAGGAGCCUGUCCAGGUCUAGAAGUCGAUCCCUGUCUAGAUCCAGAUCUCAGUCUUUUUCCCAGUCUCGGUCUACAUCCAGGUCCAGAACAAGAUCCAGGUAUAGAUCCAGGUCUUUGUCACGGUCCAAAAAGAGAAAUCUACCCAGGUCCCCGAGAAAGAGAAAAGCGAGCAAGCCAAAGUCAGAUGCCCUUGUCCAUGUGCCAGAAAAGGUUGCCGAGAGCAAAGUCACACCUGUCCCCAGACUCCCCAAUGUCCCAGCCCCCGAAAGUGUCCCUGUGAUACCACUGAGCGACAGUCCUCCACCCUCACGCUGGAAGCCUGAUCAAAAGCCCUGGAAGCCCUCCUACAUCCAUAUUCAGGAAAUCAAAGCAAAGGCAGCUCCCAGUGCCCUUUCCGCUACUGGACAAGCAGGUGAUAGUGUUACAGAGAAAGAGCAGACCUUAGCUAUGCCAAAGGGCAUCCCAGAGGACUCCCAAAGUGGAUAUAGUCGUACUGACAUGAGUCACAGACCUGCACAAUGCUCAAAGAAUAGGUCCUCCAAAAGCAAGUCCUUUAGCCGUUCACGCAGUCGCUCAAGGAGUAAAAGUUUUAGAUCUAGGUCACGAUCCCCUCGUCAGUAUAACAGCAGGUCAUCCUCCUAUAGCAGGUCGGACUCUGAAGAUUCCCACAAGAAAAGUAGCGCCAAAAACGACUCAUUAGAUCAGGAAUGGAAACAGUAUUACAGUUCACUAAGGAGGAUAAAAAAUUUAGAAAAGUACAUUUCACUCUCCAACAGUCAAGAUGGAGUCUCAGGGUCAGAGGACAAGACAGGCAGUGAGGCCAGUCCUAAUCUCAAUGGCUCUAGAAGAAGUACCUCUCUGGGGAAGGUGAAAGAGAAAGCCAGCGCUCAGGAUCAGCUGAAAAAGCAUUACAGUUCAAAACCAGUGGAUGACCUCAAUAGCAGGUCUGAAUGGGAUAGUGAUGGUGAUAAAAUGAGCCAAAGCAACAGUGCUAACAUGUCAAAAAAACAGAAAACAGCAGUCCAGAAUGAAAUUCUCAACAAGAGAUUAUCUGCCCUCACUGGAUGGGAUUCUGAAAGCGACUCUGAAAAGGUGCCAGCCAGGAUAUUGGCCAUCUCUGAAAAAGAGGAAGGGGAAGCCAGUUCAGAAUCUGAACAUGAGACUAUCAGAAAAACAUCAGAGGCGGUAAUUGCUGUGGCACACUGGAGUGCUGCUGCUCCUGACCAGUCAGAGAAAAGUCCUGCAAAGUCCACAGAGCCAGAGAAGCAGAGUAAAGAGAUUAAGAGCAAAAAGAAGGCCAAACGGAAGCAUAAACACAAGAGGAGAGGUGAGACCAAAAUUAGCUCCCAUCGCUCAAAGGACAAGGGAAAGAGAUCUAAGAGAAAACAUCAAAAGUUGAAAGAGACUUUUCAUUGGCAGCCACCUUUGGAGUUUGGUGAGGAGGAAGAUGAAGAUGAAUCCCAAAAAGAGAAAAGGAUGGAACAGAGACAUAGCCCUGCAGUAGUUGUCAAAGAAAAGCCUGGCAGAUCCCCUGCUGACCAUAUGGAUGAGAUGGACCACAAUUUCACUUCUCCCAAUAAGAAUGGCUCAAUACAAGCAGAGUCUCACAGACGAGAGGACAGGGGACAAGUGAGCAAUCAGCAGAGGACGAAAGAAUUGAUUAACUCAAAACAAACCGAAUCUCAAGAUCAGUCAUCUAACAAAAACGGUGUUGACAGUACUAACUUAACCAGUGUCCACGAUCAAACGGAGUCAUUUGAUGAUAUGGAUAUAUGUACUCCAGAGCAUGACACUGAGACCAUUGUUGAACCUCCAGUUGCUCAGGAUACACUCAACAAACCAUCAGAAUUCACCUUAAAAACUACCUCUAUCCCCUCAAAUAUGGCAAGUAAGAACAGUGACAUUUUCCCUCAGCCUCACAGCAAAGAACAAUCUGCAUCUACUUUUGUCUCUGCGACAACAGCUGGUGGACCGCAAGAUGAAGUGGUUGCUGAGAAAUCCACUAGUCGUACUGUGAUAGACCUAAAAUGGAAGCCUCUGAAAGGAAUGUCAGCUCUACAGAACACCAAUCUGCCACCUAUCACCACAAAGAACACCACAUUUCAAGAGAGCCAGACCCCCAAGACCCAGGGAGUCAGAAUGGAGAUAAAAAGUAAAAGCCGAGUCCGACCAGGAUCUCUGUUUGAUGAGGUUCGAAAGACUGCACGGCUCAACCAGAGGCCAAGGAACCAGGAGAGCUCCAGUGAGGAAAAGUCUCCAUCUGUGGGAGGCACCAGGGGUGCGUCACGUGUCCAGUCACCCAGGAAGUCUCGAUCUGUGUCCAGCCACCGGUCCCACUCCAGAGGACGGUCUCACUCUUACAGCAGGUCCAGAAGUAGAUCUCGCAGCUCCAGCUACUCUUCCAGGAGCCGUAGCAGAAGUCGGAGGAGACAUGGCAGAGGACGGACACGCUCACGCAGCAGCACAUAUAGAAGCUACAGGAGUCACAGUCGGACGUACAGCAGAAGCCAUUCCAGAAGUCGCUCAUAUGAUCACCGCAGGAGAUCCAGGUCAGACUCCUCUGACAGUUACUACAGUCGCAGUCGUAGCCGGAGUGCGAGUAGAAGACGAGGGCGCAGACGAAGUGACAGCUACAGGAGCUCAUACCGCCGGUCUCGAUCCUACCGCUCGUCCAGUCGCAGUUCUUCCAGGCGCAGAAGUCACAGCCGAAGCAGCAGAUACAGCUGAGCUGCACCUCAUGCAGAGUUGUCGGGUUCACUUCUACUGUGAGAGGGACAAGAGCCACAAAGUCUGGACAUGUUGCACGCAGGAACAGCUGCCUCUGUGAUCAGCCAACAAGGAGCAACCAUCACAGCUGAGCAAUAACGUCUAAAAGGAACGGUUGCAUUUUAUCUUUUAUACUGUUGUAACAUGUUCUGCCUGUGUGGUGAUACCGGCGCAUGUAGGCUAAUGACAUACGACUGGCAAAUGAGGAAAAGACGAUUUCAGAAUGCACUUCAGAGUUAAAAACAAGAUGAACCAAGAAAGCUGGUUGAAAUCACUUCACAGGCCUACAUGAAGAGUCGGGAUCUGCCAGAGCUCAGAACAACUGGGUUGACAUCUGUUAAACCGGCCGAGAGAAGCCGAGAGGCCUAGCAACAAUUUUGUAUGCGGAUUUGUACUUCUUAUAGAGGAUUACGGAAAUAAGCUGUAAAUAUAUUUUUUUUUAUGUUGAUGUAUAUUUGUAUAUUUCGAACAGUUUUUUGUGAUUUUAUUUCCAUUUUCAUACACUGAAAAUAACUGAAUGUAUAGUAGUUUUGAGUGUCUAAUCCUCUGCUCUGACUUCUGAUGUGUUUGAGGAUUUGAUCAUCACGUUGGCUAUGUGUGUGCAGUUCUUACUCAUCAGUUUCCAUUGUUGUCACCUUAAGGGACGAGGAUUAUGCCUUAAACUGCUCUGACGGUGAGCAAGACGGGAAAGUUAAUGAAACUGAUCAUUGAGUUACACAGCACCGUUUUAAGCUACAGUUUGUUUCUGUUAUGUUGCUUUCUUAUAUGAAUGUAAUACUGUAUAAAUGGACGAAGAGGAUGUUUAAUUUAGUUACUGAAACAGUUACAUGCUUUUUGAAUGUUUAAACUGAAUAAAUACAAUUAUAUCUUA